CGGUUGUACAGACUACCAUGACAAUGCAGAAUUGUAGACUACUUGUUGUACUCACCGUAGGCAUAUAGAUAUUAUAUUCUUUACUUACUGCUACUUUUUAUUUUUUAACACCAGUCCACUAAUUCCCAUGAGCAUUUAUUGUGAGAGGGUUCAUUUUUUAUCUCAUAAAGUUGUGCCAUCUACAUACAACUACAGUACAAGACGUGUACAACCGCCAACCGGUAGAUAAGUAUAGCGAGUACCGUCAACCGUUGAACCGUGAUGAUGGAUUCUAAACCCAGUUUAUUUAUCCCAUCGACUAGUGCAACUAUUGCUGAACUGAAUGCUGAGGGAUCCAGUAAAUCAAAAUAUAAAUCAACCUAUAUAAAUAACUCUGUCAAAGCAUAUUAUGAAGACCUACAAUUAUUACGGGAAGAUGAAUAUUCAUGUGAUAUAAAACUAAAAGCUGAUGAUGAUACAAUUGUUUUUGGACAUAAAAUUGUAUUAAUGUCUGGUAGUCACUAUUUCCAGGUUAUGUUCUCUGAUUUUAGUGAACGCAAUAAAGAUAUUGUUUAUAUUAGAGAUGUAAAAUCCACCGUGUUAAAAUUAAUCGUAGAUUAUUUCUACACUCUGAAGAUUGUUAUCAGCGAUGAAAACGUACAGGAUUUGUUAACGGCAGCAAUUUUCUUACAGGUGGACUGGGUAAAAAGUGCAUGUGCUAAGUUUGUACAGAAGCGACUGGAUCUAUUCAAUUGUUUUAGUUUUAGAUCAUUUGCUAAUUUUUAUAGCUGUUUGGAACUGUUUUCUUAUUGUGACUUAUACAUAAGUAAAAACUUUAUAGAUGUGGUUAAAGGUGAAGAAUUUUUAUCUCUAUCUACUGAAGAAUUAAUAAAGUUCUUAUCGGAUAAUGUUCUUAACGCACCUGAAGAAGAAGUAUUUGAAUGUGUUAUUAAAUGGGUUAAGCAUGCGUUAAAUGUUAGAUAUGAUAGCUUGCCUCAAGUUAUGGAACAUGUACGUCUGCCAUUAGCAUCUUUAGAGUUCAUAUCAAAUAAUGUGGUCGAAGAACCUCUUUUUAAAAAUCUUCCUAAAAGUAAAGAUUAUUUAACUGAAGCUUUUCAAUUUCAUGCACUUAAGAUACCACGCCGAAAAAUUACACAAACUAUUCGAAAUACGCCUAGACUGUCUGGACAAAAAGUUUUUCUAGUGUUCAGUAGUCCAUGGUACAACCACUGGUAUGAUCCAAAAACCAAAAAGUGGGAUCGUUUACCAGACUGUCUGGAGAUUAUUAGUUAUGAUGACUUUUAUCAUAUAGAUUUAAUUAAAGAACAUUUUGUUGUUUCUAUUUCAAACCCAUUUUUAAGAAUAAUUAAAUUAUCUUUAAAACCAACAAUGAUAUGUGUAACUGGUACGUUAGUUCCAAGAAGAAAUUUUGGGUUUGGUGUAUUAGAUCAUUAUUUAUAUGCAGUUGGCGGUUGCGGAAAAGAUGGAAAAGAAUAUUUGAAUAGUGCAGAAGUUACAGAUAUAAAUAAUCGAGAAAGCAGAAUGAUAGCUAAUAUGUCCACUAAGAGAAGUAAUUUAGGUGUUGGUGUACUCAAUGGACUUUUAUAUGCAGUAGGAGGAAGUAAUGAUGAUUCAAUGCAAUUAAAAUCUGUUGAAUGUUACGAUCCAAGUGUUGAUACUUGGAUACCAGUUGCCGAAAUGAGAGAAUGCCGGUCUGAUGUUGGUGUAGGUGUAAUGGAUGGUGUAUUAUAUGUCGUUGGUGGUAAAUAUGGAGAUAGAUGUCUUUCAAGUGUUGAAGCGUAUAAUCCAAAUACUGGAGUUUGGACUUCUAUUGCUAAUAUGCAUAUUGCUCGAAGCGGUUCUAGUGUAAUUGCAUUAGAUCGUUUAUUAUAUGUUAUCGGUGGAUAUGAUGGUGAAUCUGUUAUGACAUAUCCUAAAGUGGAUCCAACCCUGUUGAGUAAUGUAAAAAUGAGCAAUGUGUUGAAUUCUAUAGAAAUAUACAACCCCGACACUGAUACCUGGUCCAUCGAAAAUAUUUAUAGCAGGAUGACUGCAAUUUUUGGAGUAUUAAUUGUUGAUAAGACAUUAGUCACCGAAUGUCUUAAAUUUCAUAAAUAAUAUUUUAUCUAUGUUAAAUCUUAGAUCAUAUGAAGGCCUCGGUGCAAAAACCAGAUACGUCCAUUUUUCAUAAUGUUCAGGAAACACAAAAAACUAUCUAUAAAAUUGGGAAAUGAACCAAAAAUUAAAAACGUGGUGUUAUUCUUUUUGUAAGAUUAAGAUACAUCACUUAAACAAGUUCUCUUUGGUUUGAAUUUAAUAUCCAUAAAAAUAUUUAUAAUAAACUAAAAAAUUAUGAUAAUUAGAUUUUCAAUGGUCGCAAUAACCAGAUACGUCCAAUUUUUUUUUGGGACGUAUCUGGUUAUUGCAACCAACUAAUCAACAAAAUAUUUUACUGUAGUCAAUACGUCCACUUAUAUCUGGUUAUUGCAAUCAAUGAAAGUCUAAAGAUCAAAAUUUAUAUGGAAGUGUCGGGUGCAAAAAAAAAAUGGAUAUAUACUAUUUCAAUGAAUAUGUCCGGACGUAUCUAGUUAUUGCACCCAACAGAAAUUUAAAAA